AGAAAACAGUUAGAGUGGAGGGGAAGCAAACUGCUUGCAGAUGGUGCCAUGACUAGAAUCGGAUCCAGAGCCCCUCUUGAAACCCGUAAUCCAGGAAGAUAAAAAUAGGUCUCUGGACCAUGGUGCCAUAUAAGUAUCCUGUAUAAAGAUGGAUGGCCGUGAAUUUGUAAACAUGCCACCCUUGGGGUUGUCGGGUCUUUCCUUGGAGGCAGGGCAUAUUUCAUCUGCAAAUACUGGAGGGCGUCUCAUUCCAUCUACUGGGCAACUACCACCAUUCUGCACAACAAAAUAUUACCCCUCGAAUCUUGGACUGUAUUCACAGUCAGGCUUUCCUCACUUAUCCAGAGGGGUUUAUCAUUCCUAUAUUCCAGUCAGUCACCUAGAGCCUACUGGUGGUAUUACACCAUUGUUAACCCGUGUGGGCCAACAAAGCAUGAUUGACACUCAAAAAGAUGGAUUUUGCUUUGUUGGUCAGCAGUCAACAUAUCAUCCUCAAACAUCAGUUUUAAAGACCUCAACCGACCAAGCACAAAACUUGCAUGAAAAUGAAUCAGUGUUUAAUUCAUUAAAAAAUUUCAAAGAGACUUCCAAAGACUCUAAGGAAAAAGUUUCCAGAAGUGAAGGUUUAAUUACUCCAGCUUUCCUGUGCACAGCAAAAAAAGACAGGAGAUCUUCAGAAGAGACACAGUCAUGUGACUUGAGGGACCGUGAGCUGGACAGUAAAGUUGAAAAGGAGAAGAAAAAAAAUAGUCUCCAUAGGUUACCCAAACAAGGGGAUCACCACUCGUCAUUUAUUUCUGAGUUUAUGCCAAACCGCUGGUCGGGAAAUAUUGAAAAAAAGUCCAAACACCUCCAAACGUCUCUUUUGAGUAACUAUGGGGGUGAGUCAAUCUCCAAAUCUACUGGCUCUGCAGAACAAAAAUGUAUCAAGCAACCAUGUAGACAUGAUGAGAACAUAAGAGCUUUGUGCCAAACAAACUUAAAUCAAAACCAUUUUGGAGAUUCUGUUGUGGCACCGGAUAAAAGUACACAGUGCACAUGCCCGUCCCCUCACACUGUAAAUAUUUUCAGCAAAGAAGCCUCUACACCAUUACCUACCCAGCCUUUUCACUCCUCCACAAACAGCAUAAACCAACAAGACAAGGAACUUACCAAUGAGAUAAAAACAUUGACACCCAAUUUCUGGUCUACCAUUGAAAGUUCUAUUGAACAUAACAGUCAUAUACAAGUUAAUACCCUUAAUGGAAAAGAGUUAAGGAAGCCUGAAUUUUUAAUGAGUGAAACAAAAAGAGCAGAUUCCGUCCGAGAGCAAGGAUCUGUAAUUUGCUGUAAUUCGUCCCUAUUAGACUCUUUCUCGAACAAUCAUAGACAUGUCUCUUUAGAGAAAAAAAGGUUUGCCUCUACUGCUGAUCAUGGUGGGCAGGAGGACUGUGUUAAAGAAGCAUGCAAGAUGUCUGGAUUCAUUGAUUCUCAUCAACAAGACCAAGGGAUUAUCUCUGUGAAGCACUUGGAAGAGAAAGCAAAGCAGCUAGAAACCAGUAAACUUUCCAAUUCACAGAUACAUGUGUUAGCGACACAACAUUCCCAGGUAAACCAUGGAAAAGAGGAAGUGACUAAACUUUGUACUGAAUCAAAAAAUGUGGUUUCUAGAAAAACUAACAUCGAAUCCACACAUUUAUCUGGUCACUGUGAGCACUCUGCGAUGCAGAAUCUUAUUAAAUAUAGUGGAAGCUUUGAUAAAGAGACUAUUGCUUGGCAAAGUAGUGGCAAAAGAAGUCCUUUUGGUGGUCUUGGCAACAUGAGAUUGGAUGAGACUCAAUUAAAAGAUGUUAAAGUUCAAAGUUUGUCACAGCCAGAAGUCAAAAGAGAUCCAGAUAGAUCCCAAAGCACUAAAACAAUGACUAGGGAUUCAUUAAGUUUUCAGAGUGAAAUGGAAGUUCGUAAUCCACCAGUUGGCAUAGCUGUGGCUGUUGCUCGACAGAAGGACAGUGGUGGAAAUAAAAUUCUCUCCUCCAAAGGUCAUGCAAGGGAGGAGAGUGUGGACGAAAGGAUUAGGCAUUGCAAUGAGACUCUGUUGUUGGAAAGACUUGACAGGGAGCAUGCAAAGCUUCUUCGAGAGAGCAAAGAACUUGCUGAUAUUUCUCAAAUACAUCCAGCAGGAUGUGCUGCUAUUGGAUUGAGCCCUAACCUUAUGGUAACAGGGGGACCUUGGGCACCAGACUCCACUACACAUUUAACGGCUCAACCCUGGUUAUCUAGUGGUAUUAUUCCUUGUAUGUGGCAUGCUGAUCACCCAUAUGGUUUAGCCCAUCCCACCCUUCACCAGGGAAUUAACCCAUCAAUACCACCAGGAGUAUCAACACAAUUUCCAUCUGCUUACAAUUUUGUGAGAGAACCCCGCAGCGGCCAAAUUGUGGUUAUUCCAGCUGAACAUAUAUCACAUUUUGCAGAAAUACUUGAUCGGACUCCUCUCUGGCCUACUAUGUAUUCAUCAGCACAUAAUUCAAUUCAGCAUGCACAUCAGCUUCAACUUUUCUCUCAACAACAUCUUAUGCGACAACACGAACUGUACAUGUUACUGCAGCAACAAGCAUCACAUUCUAUAGAUGUACAUAGGGGUGCACAUCUGGAUAUCGAGUCACACAGAAAUGAACAACCAAAUGUUCUAGAUUUACAAAGAAAUGUUGACAUCUUAGAACUACAGAGAACUGCACAAUUGGAAGCUAAGAAUUUUGAAAGGAAACCCCAACAUAAUUCUCCAGAAUGUCACAGACAUGAACAAUUUACAGAGCAAAUAAAACUAAGGCCAGAAAAAGUUGUGGAUUUGUCUUCACAAACUAAGGAAAGCUCUUUGUGCAAUUCACCAUCUGAUUUCUGCAGUAAUAUGUUUGGUUCCUCACCUCUUCAUAUGAAAUCUUUCUCUGCAACAAACAAAUUGGAAGGACAAUCUGAAAAUGACACUUCUAAUCAGCCACCUAAUCCAAUCUUAACAACCAAAGUAGAAGUCAACGAAGGGUCAGUGAAAGAUUCAGACGUGAAGGAAAGAGGCUCAACUCCACCUAAAGAUCCUGCAAGUGGAUACUCAGUGCCAUGUCUUCAACCAAUAAAUGUUAAAAAUGCAGAAAGUUUUGAUUCUGUUAUAAAAUUAUCUGAAAUAAAGGCACAUCAUUGUCACAUUGAAACCCCUUUGGAUCUCAAAUCUGGCCAUCUACUCGAGGAAUAUACGGCAGCUGAGUCAACAACUGACACAGUUAAAACAGAAGAUUUACCUUUCAUUAAAAGUUGUAAAAUAUCUAAUGACCAAGAUAUUUGUACAGUGUCUGUGGAAUACCAGCAUUUUUUAUUUCAAGAAUCAGAGCCCCCAGAAGUAGCUGAGAAAGAUGAUGAAGGAAAGAUGGAAAGUCUUUCACCUUGCAAUUUCGAGAUUACUCAUAGCAAUGGAAAAGGUACGUGUUCAACUCAAACAGACUUCUUCAAUACAUUUGAGUCUCCAAGUAUUGAAAUGGAUUUUGUAGCAAUAACUGAACAAUCCCCCAAAACAAAUGAGAUCAGGAAUUUGAGUAUGAUUAAUGAAAGCACAUGUACAGAUAGUGUGGCAUCUGGACCUCUUAACUGUAAAAAGGAAGACACGUGUUCUAAACCUUCUGAUCCUCUGGCUGGUAUGAAUGCACUGAUUGCAGCAUCUGAAAUGCCCCAAGCCUGCUGUCUACCACUCAGAAGUACAUCAGUUCUGGUUCCUGAUAUAUCAGCAGACAGCUCUCUUCUCCAAGGCAUAAUGCUCCUAAGUGAAAUAGCUGAAAGUGAGUGCGAGAGAAGAAAACAAUUGCAUGAUUUGCAAAGCUGUCUUAUUAGACCUUCUCUUGAAAGCCUGUUGGCUGCUAGCUCUCAAAUGUUAAUGGAUUUUUUGUCUUCACCAACUUUGGAUUGCUUAAAAGCAGGAUCAAUCAGAUUGCCCCGAGAACUAACUCCUAAUAAAAAAUAUAGCUGGAAACAAGAAAAAAGUACAAUGCAUUUUUCGAUCACAUCUGCUAUUGAGGACAUAGACUCUGUGGAACUUGAUUGCAGGGUAAGGCUUGCAGAGCUGCAGAGGCGGUACAAAGAGAAACAAAGGGAACUGGCGAAGUUACAAAGGAGAAGGCAUUCUGAGACAAAACACCAUUGUUCCUGCGACCCAGCGGCACAACAGCGAUCUACAUUAUCUGUACCCUUGGGUAUUGGGGUGAUAGGCAAUUUUCUAUCUUCUCUGAGGGAAAAAUCUGGAGAGAAAAUUAGGAUUGUAACAAGAAGGGGCCCUGGUAGACCAAAGAAGAGGAAACAUGGAGUAUAUCCUUUGUGUCAUAACCAAGACCGGAUAAAAAAUAGCAACAACAGAAAACUUAGCAAGUGCAUUUUACUCUCUGAAAGGACUAAGGCAUGUGAUUGCCUCCAGACAACUCUAUUAAACAUUUCAGAAGUUGAUGAGUUGGAAAAUAAAAGAAAAAUUGGAAUAGAUGAUUGGGACGAUCACAGCAGUGCAUCAAGUUACUUUUUUGAGUUUGCAGACCAUUAUCAAGAAAAGCAGACAAAUGAAAGGAGCAGAAGAAAAAAAUCUGAAUUUAGACAGAUGCACAGUAUCCAGCAUUCCCGGAUUGUUUCCAAAGAAGAUACAGAUUCAGAAGAUGAUGACCACAUAAUAAGAAAUAAGUGGCUUUCUCAGCCCAAAUCAUUACACUAUAGCAUGUGUAAUAUUCUAACACAAAAAAUGAAGACUCUUGGACAUUCCCUAUCACCGCAACACAUCUCUUCAUUCUAUAGGACUUCCAAAUCUAAGCAGAGACACAGGAGAAAUAGACAUCUCUGUUUACUACUACCUGGUCGGGAGGCUGAAUCAUCUUUCAGUGAUUCAACGGAGGACUCUUUGGACCAAGAUUAUAGCUAUGAAGAGGAGGAAGAUUAUAUUGGUUAUGAUGUGGAUUGCUUCCCUUGUCCCCAUGUAGAGGAUAGUGGGCUGGGUCUUCUUGCACGAUUUGCAGCCAGUGAACCACUCAAUCCUAUCAUCUCUCCACCUUUAUCCACUGUUCUUUUGGAUGAAAAACAAACAUCAGUGGAGGAUCAAAAAACUCUGAUGGGUACAGAAUCUGAGGAAACAGAAUCAGAAACUGAAGAAAAAAAUGAAACUAUAUCUUCAAUUGACCUAAAGUUUACCAGCAAAAAUAUAGGAAAUUCCAAAACAGCUAUAGAUGCAAUUGAAGUGGAGACCGUUCAUCAGUCCGAAAAAGAAAAGAUAAUUGAUAAACCACUGAAAUUAAGCAAGACUAAGUCAUCAAAAGAGCACAGCCAAGAAUUUGAAGUAGAAGUAAGUGACGAUGAUCUUUGGUGUCGUCGCAGAAGUGAGCGAAUCUUUCUCAGUGGUGUAAUCACUUCUCCAUCUGUAUCGACUGAGGUCACCACAACUACAACACCUGUGUCUAAAAUUCGUUGCAGCAAGAUGACUAGCUCUAAGAAGAGAAAAGAACAAAGAGACAACUGUAAGAAGAAAAAGGUAAAGAUGACCUGCUUGGCAUCUUCAGAGACAGGUCGCCCUUUGCCUCAAAAUCAGCUGUCAUAUGGUCGAAAAAAUAAUCUGAAGCACAAGACUAACAUUUUGAAAGAAGAGAGUAAAUGUGGAGCUGUCAGCAAACUUAUGGAAAGUAUGGCUGCAGAAGAAGACUUUGAACCAAGUCAGGACAGCAGUUUCUCUGAAGAUGAGAAUUUUUCCCUUCCCGUGAACCCAGAACGACCAGUUACACCUGCACCUCGUUCUUGUAUUAUCGAUAAAGAUGAAUUAAAAGAUGGUCUGUGUGUUUUAAUUCCAAUGGAUGACAAACUGCUGUAUGCAGGCCAUGUACAGACAGUUCACUCUCCAGACAUAUAUCGUGUGAUAAUAGAGGGGGAGAGAGGAAACCGUCCACAUAUCUACAGUCAGGAGCAACUUUUACAAGAAGCUAUCAUAGAUGUAAAACCACCUUCUGUCCGCUAUCUACUUGAAGGAACAAGAAUUGCAGCUUACUGGAGUCAACAAUAUCGUUGUUUGUAUCCUGGCACCAUUGUGCAAGGAAAUUUGGACCAAAAUGAAGAUACAGACCUUGUAUCUGUAGAGUUUGAUGAUGGUGAUACAGGGCGAAUUCCAUUGUCUCAUAUCAGGCUGUUACCCCCGGACUAUAAAAUACAGUGUGCUGAACCAUCACCUGCUCUGUUAGUACCUAGUGCAAAAAGAAAAAUACGUAAGUCUAGCAAAGAGAAAAAUGAUGUGAAAGAAGAAUGCAAAACCAUUUCCGAAAAUAUUGUAAAUAGAAGACCUAAACGUAAACCAAGCAUCAAGCAGAUUUUAGAAGAAGGAUCAGUGAAAGAAAAUGCAGGUGGAUACAACGCAGAGAGAACAAAAGCAAUAGAUGAAGUGACAUAUCAAGUGAAUGUGACAUAUCCUAAUAUAAAUGCAGAUCAAGAAAGUAAUCAAGUUGAGUCAAAUAAAUCUACAUCAGCAAAUGUUAGGAAGCAGCAAGAAGUGAAAAUUACAGAAAAAAUUUGUCCUAAUACUCCUUUUAGAAAUGUUUUUAGGGAGAAUUUGUGCUGUAAACCAUCUGAAAAUGAUCAAAAUCUAACUAUUUUAAAAGAUAAAAUAAGAGCUAAACGGAGACGGAAGCAAGAAGAAAAGAAAGAGCUUUCACCUAUGGACAACAGUUGUCAGAAAAAUGAUGGACAUCUGUUGGUAAAAUUGGACCAUGAAGGAGUUAUGUCUCCAAAGACUAAGAAAACUAAAGAGGCUAUGCUUAGACUUGAACAUUCUAACAAUACCAUAAGAAAAGUUCGGAAGAAAUUGCCUGUUGUUUGUUACCCUAAUGUAGUCUCUAACAAGCAGAAAGAUAAACAUUCUAAAUUUAAAUCAGACACUAGAGAGAAAUGUUAUAGUUCUGAGUCAAGUAAAUUGGCAGGUAAUGGAUCAAAAGAAAUUUCAGACCAGAAACAAGGAAGAAAAAAAAAUGAAUGUCAGACAGAGACCAGUUCAGAGUCUGAGGAAGAUGUUGAUAGAAAUAAACAGAAAAACAAAGCACAAUACAGCUCUAAUAGUUCAAGAUCUUCAAUAUCUAAAUGUUCAGCCUCUACCAGCAGCAGCUCUUCAUCAUCCUCUUCUUCCUCCUUGUCAUCUUCUACUACUUCGUCCUCAUCUUCAUCCCAUUCUUCAUCUUCAACAUCUUCCUCUUCUAGUUCCAGUUCUUCCUCAUCAUCAUCCUCGGCCUCAUCUUUAACAGAUGCCUCCUCAAGCAGCUCAGAAGAAGAUACUGCAAAUGCGGCUUCCAUUCCUUCAGAUACUCAAAAGAACUUUCGCAGACAUGUAAAACCUUGCAGCACAUCUAAGCCUAUGAUGCAGAUUAAACAGCAAAAGCAAGAACAGCAAAGAGGUAGUAAAUGUAAACCAAAAAAGAGAGAAGGUGUACAUCUACCUACAACCAAGGAACUAGCCAAAAGGCAAAGACUUCCUUCUGUUGAGAAUAGACCUAAAAUUGCUGCAUUCCUACCUGCUAGACAACUUUGGAAGUGGUUUGGUAAACCUACACAGAGGAGAGGAAUGAAAGGUAAAGCCCGGAAGUUAUUUUACAAAGCGAUUGUCCGUGGAAAAGAAAUUAUACGGAUUGGGGACUGUGCAGUGUUCUUGUCAGCAGGACGUCCAAAUUUACCAUAUAUUGGAUGUAUCCAGAGCAUGUGGGAGUCUUGGGGGAACAACAUGGUUGUGAGAGUUAAGUGGUUUUAUCAUCCAGAGGAGACUAGUCCUGGAAAAAAGCUUAAUGAAUGUGGGAAUUGGGAUGUACAACUUGGCAAAGGUAGAACAUCUUGUCUGCAGAUUUCUAUCGAAAGGAAAGAUUUUAUGGAGCGUGCUUUGUACCAAUCUUCUCAUGUGGAUGAAAAUGAUGUGCAGACUGUCUCUCACAAGUGUCUGGUUGUAGCUCUUGAUCAGUAUGAGCAGAUGCUAAGAACAAAGAAGUACCAAGACAGCGAGGAUCUCUACUACCUUGCAGGAACCUACGAGCCAACCACAGGAAUGAUCUUCAAUACUGAUGGAGUACCUGUAAUCUGCUAAAUACACUAAUAUUUAGCAGUUUAUCCCAAACAUAAGACUUUUUGACAAUCAUUAAUACACUAUAGUUUAAGUAGGGCAGGUUUUGUCCUAGCAUUCUAUAAAAUAAAAUAACACUUUAAUACCUGUAUUGGAGAAAAUAGGAUUAGAAGAGUCAAUAUUUGUUUCACCCUGCCAAAAGUCAAUUGUCCAAGGUUUAAUUUUGUUUAUAUACAUUUUUGAGUAAAUGUUUAAUUUGCCUUGAAGUAUUCAUAAGAAGUCCAUUAUCCUUUAUAUUUCUAGAAUUCAACAGCAGAAAACAUGUAUUAAAUAUUAUAUAAAAAUAAAUGUAAAUAGGAAGAUGCUUUGAAGAUGUUGUGCCACUAAACAGAAUAACAUUUCUGCAAACAUAGUUAUAUGUUGACUGUAGGCAGCCACGAAGCACUAAAGACAAUGUAUAAGCUAAAUUAAUGUAUAUAAAUAGAAGAAAAUUAAAGCCUCCCACUUAUCAAGGGAAUGUUUUAGACAUAGUAUUUCAGAUCAUGCUACCAAUACCUGGACCAAACAUGGCUCUAAAGCUAGAUGGUAUAUAUAUAUAUAUAUAUAUAUAUAUAUAUAUAUGAUUUUUUAGAUUUAAACUAGGAUCAUGUGCACAGAUAAAACAUUUCGCACCAAUGUAUUUGUACUGUACGUAUUUGCAUUUAUGUAAUGUAUGACAUAUUUUCAUCCUGAUAUGCUGCCAUUUAAUACAUAAUUUCAUUCCAGAUAUGUUAAAACAUAAUUUCUAAUCAUUUAUAGAAAAAAAAAACACUUAAUCUUUUAGGAAAAACAGUUGUCUUUUACUUUGAAUAUUUCUUAGGCACAAAAUUUUUUCUUUGCAUUUCUGUGUUUCCUUUUCAUAAAAUGUAUUGUAGCUCA